AUGUGGAUUUUACCCCUCGUCGGAUACCUUGGCUCCAUCGUGGGCUUCUGCUUCUUAACCCUGGCAAUCGCUUCGGGUCUAUACUACCUUUCAGAACUCGUCGAAGAACAUACCGUGCUUGCGAAGCGUUUACUGACGAAGCUCAUCUACUCGAUUAUUGUCCUACAGCUCCUGCUAUGUGUCGUCGACCGGUUCCCUUUCAAAUUGACCCUCAUGGGCAUCGUCUCCCACGUCGUAUACCUCGGCAACAUGCGCCGGUUCCCCUUUGUCAGGCUGACUGACCCUCUGUUUCUGGCAUCCUGCAUACUGGUGCUAGUAAACCAUUACCUCUGGUUCCGCCACUUCUCCGCCGCCCAGCAACAAUCUUAUUCCAACAUGCAUUCGUACUACGAGCAACCCGACAUCCCCACCUUUACAGAGAUAGCUUCCUACUUUGGUAUCUGCGUUUGGAUGGUUCCCUUUGCACUUUUCGUGAGCUUGUCCGCUAGUGACAACGUUCUCCCCACGAUGGGAAGCGAGGACCCCCUGCGAGACUCUUCCGGCAAGAACAAGCGCCAGGGCUUCGUCAAGUCUAUAGUCGAUACCAUUACCGGUGCGAUUGGAGAGGUGUUCAGAACAGUUGGUUGGGAGCGGAGUUGA